AUGAGCGACACACAGCCCUCGUGUUUGUGCGAGUUUCUUGCAGCUGGAGACACGGCAGCGAACGCCACCGCCGUGAGCCUUGCACAGUCGUCGAGUCUGUGCUCGCUUGCUGCAUCCUGGGACGGAGCAUGGUCGGACUCUCGUCGGUUGCACCAUUAUGUUAUGUUUUGGUGGCGUUAUUGCUGGUUGAUGUUUGAAGGUGGUGGUAUGGUCAUGUUCGACAUGUUUGGCUCGAACUAA